AUGGGAAAUGGCUCCGAAAAUGCCCCGGUUGCCACUACCAUCACAUCAGAAACGACUGGACUGUUUGAAAAUGACUUUGUUAGCAUACUAGAAGCGACUGACUUUAAUUCCAACCUUGACUGGCUGUUCGAGAGAAUGCCCGAUGACUCUUUGGCGGACCUCACCAAUUUUUAUGGCGUCAAAGAUACUCAUGUCGCCAGUAGCGCUCAGAGCCCACGAGAGGGUCACAAACCGGAUGGACAGCCUUCUAGAGACCCUGCGAUCCCAGAACUCCCGAUACCCCACGCGGAAAACAGCGUUAGUCCAGACGAUCCAUGGCCCAUGGAAUGGCACGCCGAGCACCCCCAGCGCUCCCUUGAGCUACCGGCUCUGGGAGGGACCGACGACGAAGCAACACAAUCUCUGUCUCGAUUUUUCUCGGCCUGGAAUCUUGGACAAUCCACUGUCGAGGCUCUGGCGCAUUUUAUCAAACUCCCGGCUCAACGCAGCCCUUGGCAAUCUGUCAACCUGACCCACUUCCCAACUAAGGAGAAACUCGAGUAUUGCAUUGAUCGAUACUUUGCACAUUUUCACUUGGUUUGCCCAAUCAUCCACCAAGCAACCUUUGAUCCUUCCGAUGACCUCACGGUAACGCUGGCAAUAGCAAGUAUCGGUGCUUGUUAUACCCACUACAACAACGCGAAAGCCUUUUCCAGUACACUUUCCGAGCUCAAUCGUCGACUGCUUCUAUUCCUAGCCGAAUACGACCGGCGGUAUGUCAGAACAGAAUCAUACCUCGCAGCUCAGCUUCUGCAGGGCCUUCACGGUUACUGUAGCGGAAACAAACGACUCUUUGAGCUGAGUGAGUCGUCGAGGAGCAACUUGGUGCACCAUGCCAAAUGCAUGGGCUUGUUUAGACAUCGACCUGACUCGAACCCUGGCUCCUUGCCUGCCACGGCGGUGGAGGAGCGAUGGAGGGACUGGAUCCAUCAAGAACGUCUGCUUCGUCUGGGGUGGGCUGUUUAUGAAUAUGAUGCCUCUGUGGCAUAUCUACAUAACAACCGACCCUUCCUCACUAUCGGAGACAUCCACAUGGAUCUCCCUUGUCUGUCACAAUACUGGCAGGCCGAAUCGGCUCACUCGUGGCAUGCGAUGCUGCUUUCGGCGGGAUAUCCCAGUCGCAUACGCUUGAGGCCUCUUAUUCGGAGUUUCUAUGACAAGAGUCAAAAUGCUCUUGAGAGGCUCGUGGAAGAGCGGCACCGAUAUAUCCUGGUCUUGACCCAAGUGCGGAUGAUAUGGACCUUGAAAGAGAUUACGGGCUCCCCGAUAUGUGAUCUCUUCGUCAACGGUCCCGAGAAUUGUACCGCGGACCUUCUCGAUGCCACUGACAGGUUCGCACGGUCUCCGCACACUUUGAGUUCGUCACUGACGACGACUGAACUCGCCAGCGCCAUUCAUACCCUCCAGAUCAUCCACGUUGCCCAUCUGUACGGGGCCAAUGGCCUGAUGAACUGGCUAUACCCGCUCCUGCGGGAGGGGAACGAGGCAACCACUGCAUUCACUCAGAUGAGUCACUGGGCAGCGGCAAAGCCCGAAAUGGUGAGAAACACGGCCUUCCACUGCGCGCGGAUCCUGUCGCUGGCCAGGACAUACCCCAGCAACUGCCCCGACGAGCCGUUUCUGAUAUUCCACGCGGGGACCGUCCUAUUCUACCUGGCGAGAUGGCUACCAAGGAACACAGGCGCUGGGUCAUCGGAGAACCUCGUCGUCCGCCUCGACCAUAUCGGGGCCGAGGACGACACCGAGUCUGCCAAUUUGAGGUCCUGGCUACGGGACGGACAGGCCCAGGUCAUCAGUCUGCAUGGGAUUCCCUCUCUGUGUUCUAACCAGGGACGACGGCAGGUUCUGGACGAAACCGCCGAUCUGUUGAAACGCCGGAGAGUCUGGGGCAUCGCCAACAGCUUCGUCAAGGUUGUGCUAAACCUGCGGGAUACUUCGAAACCCGUGCCUGACCAGGAUUUUAUCUUCUAA